AUGAAUGGGAACAACAAUGAAAGAGUGCAUAUUGAUAGCAAUUUGUUUGCAGACAGCAAGCAGUUUACUGCCAAUCUACUUUUGAAUGAUAUUACUGAUGAGGAGGAGAUUAAAAUAGCUUUGAAUAACAUAGACAGUUCAAAAUUUGCUUGCUCUGAUGGUGCUUCUACUAUUGUCUUCAUUCCAAAGACCUCUAUCAAGGAUAGCUGGAACCAUUACAGAACCCUGAGUCUUAACAAUGUUAUAAGAAAAAUUAUUGUACACAGACUCCAGCCUAUUUUACCUCAACUUGUCAGCAAUAACCAAGCUGCUUUUGUGAAAGGCAGAAGCAUUGGGGAUAACAUCCUUCUGGCUCAAGAACUUCUACAGGAUUUGGAUAAACCUUGCAGAGGGGGAAAUGCCAUCUUUAAGCUUGAUUUGAAGAAGGCUUAUGACAUGGUGAACUGGGAUUUCAUUAUUGAAUGCUUGGAGGCUAGGGGAUUUUCCAGGGAGUGCUGUCAAAUUAUUAAAAGAUGGCUGGAGGAUAACACAAAUUGA